AAUUAUAUCAAAAAAGACAGUUGAAAGCGUGCUUAAAAGUGAAACAUAUACCAUUGAUGAAAAAUGUUUUGGAUAGAUAAUUUAUAACAUUUUAUAUAAAUAUUUCUAUCUAUUUAUCAUCGUGUAUAUAAUUUUAGUUUGUAAAAAAUGUCAGAUAAUAUAAAAGUUGCUAUAAAGGUGAGACCUUUAGUAAAACGUGAAAUUGACGAUUCCGAAUGUAUACAAUGGAACGUAAGUGGAAACACCAUCACUCCAGUGGAUUCGAAAAAAAGAAGUGAAGGAGGAUUUCAGUUUGAUCAUAUAUUUGACAUGGAAAUAAAAAAUGAUGUCAUAUUUGACACUGUCGUUAAGCCCAUUAUAAAUUCCGCUGUUGAUGGAUUCAAUGGGACAGUUUUUGCCUAUGGACAAACAGGAUCAGGAAAAACAUAUACUAUGAUGGGAAAGAAGAAAGAACCUGGAAUAACUCCACUGGCAAUCCAACAUAUGUUCGAUACAAUAGAAAAAAAAAUGGGUCGAGAAUUUUUAAUAAGAUUUUCUUAUUUUGAAAUUUACAACGAGAAAAUAAACGAUCUAAUGGAAAUCGGUAAUACAGAUUUAAAAGUAAGAGAGGAAAAUGGUCGAAUUUUCGUUAAUAAUUGUACGGAGAGAGUGACUAAUAGUGUAAAACAAAUGUUGGAUGCUAUGAGUAAGGGCGAAAAAAAUCGUAGUAUUGGCAUAACAAACAUGAACGAUCGCAGUAGUCGGAGUCAUACGAUUUUCAGAAUUACUAUCGAGAGUCGGGAUUCCACAAACGACUCCGAUGGUGCAAUUCAAAUAUCACAAUUGAAUUUGGUGGAUUUGGCGGGUUCAGAGAGAGCGUCACAAACAGGCGCAACAGGCGAACGUUUCAAAGAAGGAACACAUAUUAAUUCAUCGCUCUCGUGUCUUGGCUUUGUGAUAAAACAACUCAGUGAACAUCAGGAGAAGGACAAGCCUAGAUAUAUAAAUUUCCGUGACAGUAUAUUGACAAGGAUUUUACAAGCAUCACUUGGUGGUAAUUCCUUGACGGCAAUUAUUUGCACAGUUACACCGGCGAGUUUUAGCGAAACCCAUUGCACACUCUCAUUUGCGUCAAGAGCUAAAAGUGUCACGAACAAACCUAAACUAAAUGAAGACCUCAGUGAUGAAGCCCUUUUAACAAGAUACAAAAAGCGAAUUAAGGAACUUUCACAAGAACUUGCGAAAGCGAAUAAAACGAUUGCAAAUAGUAAAAAUGAUAAUGGACUGGCUGAUAGAAUGGAAUUAUUAAAAGAAUACAUUGUUAGUGGAAAUAAAAAGACAUACGUAAGAAGACGUUCAUGUCCAGUAAAGUUUGAAAUAAAUGCAUUUCCUCUUCAACCAAUAAUUGAAGAAACGCCGAAGCAAGACAAAAUCAAGAAAUUCAAACGAAGACAAAGUAUCAUGCAAAGUGCAAAUUUCGCGAAAGAGACAGCGACAGCGCUUGCCGAUUUUGAAAUUAAUCUCCUUAACUCUGAAAUUGAACCGGAAGAAGAGUUUGCCAUGGAUGAGUCUCAAGAAAAUUUUGUCAUUAAACGAAGACAAUUAAAAUCCCGUGUUCAAUUUAAUGACGUUGAUGAUGUUUUAAUAAUUGACACAGAUUUUACUUCACCAGACAAUGUUAUGGAAAAUAAAUGCAAUUGUUCGAUGGCAACAUCGCCUGGGACGCCAAAAAGUGUUUUACGUGAAAGAUAUAAGGCUCUUGCUGAGGAACACAGUGAACUUGCGGAAAACACGAUUUUGGAGAAACAAUUGGACAAAGAAAAUUAUGAAACGAUGCGAAAUCUUAAAAAAUCAUUAGAUGAUACAAGUAUUUUAUACUCAGACGUAAACAAGAAAUAUUCUGAUCUACAGACUGAACAUUCGAAUCUUAUGGAGGAAGUUGUCUCUCUAAGGAAACAAGUUGAGUCUUUUUCUGCGGUUCAGAAACGACUUGGAAUAAUAGAAAUCGAGAAUAAGGAACUGCAUAAUAAAUUGAAUAUAUCCCUAAAGGCCCAAAAAUUUGCUGAAGAUGAAAAUGUGUCAAUCGCUUAUCAACUCGAAUCGUUGUCAACUAAAUUUAAGAACCGUGAAAAAGAACUCGAAUUAUCAUUACAGACCGCAUGGAAAUCCAGUGACAAACCGCAAAUUGAACAAUCGUCAAAUGAAAUUAUUCGACUUGAAAAUCUCGUCAAAACACUCAACGAUGAAAAUGAACAAUUAAAGAAGCAAAAACCACAAAUCGACGAAUCCGAUACAAUAGUUGUGGAAAUGGACAGUCUUAAGGAAAAACUUGAGGAAACAAAUCGUCUAUUGAAAGAAUCCAAUUUCGAAAAAUCCUCACUCAUUGAUCGUUUAGAUUGUUUAUCGCAAAAAAUGUUAAUGAAAACGAAAAUCGACGAAUACGAAAAUUUAUUGAGUAACUUGGAGGAGGACAAAAUCCAUACUCUGGAACGAUUUGACGAGUUAGCCAAAGAACUUGAACAACAAGAAUCAGGUCUCGAAAUGACAACUUUACAAAAGGCCGUCGACAAUUUGAGUUUACAUCUCACUGAAUAUGAACGUGAAAAUGUGCACGUGCGACGGAAAUUUUCCACUUUGCUCGCUUACAUUGAAUUUGCUUGUCAACAAAAUGUCGACAAUAAACUUGCCGACGAGGAAGUCAUCGAUAUUUCAACGAAUUUUAAGAAUUGGCGAAAAAGCAUUUCUUAUGAUGAGAAGGAGAAAGGUGACAUUAUUUUGGAAUUAAAAAAAUUCCGCGAAACUCUCAUUAGACGAUCAAAGAGUUUGGAAUUGAAAACCGAGAACGAAAAAGUUUGCGCAAAAGAAACAACGAAAAUCGACAAAGAAACUUCAACGGAUAAUGACAUAAAAAUUAUCGAAAUUAAUAAAAAACUCAACAAAGAUAAUGUAAAAUUGAAUAGCGAGCUAGCUGAAAUAAAAGCAAAAUUAUUGGAAAGCGAUGAGAAAUGGAAAGAUUAUGAGAAUCUCGUAUUAAAAUUGAAAGACAAUGAAACAAAAAUUUCUGAAUUAAUCGCAAAACUAGAAAAACUUGAGACUGAGAAUUCGAAAAUGAUGUCAAAUUUCCAAGAAAAUGUUUAUGUUUACGAAAAGGAAAUUUUGGAACUGAAAUCGAAAAUUCUCAAUUUUGAUGUUGAAAAAGAGGUACGAGAAUCAAAAUUGCACGAGGUUAACUUGGAAAAUUCUCAACUCAAGUCGCAAAUUUCCGAAGUGGAGAAAAUAAUCAUAGAUUGCAAAACAAAAAUUGAGGAAAACCAACGGGAGAAAGGAGAAAUAGAACAAGAAAUAACAGAAAAACAUCAACAACUUAAAGGAAAAGAACAAGAAAUCAAAGAAAAAGAAGAAAAAAUAAUAGAAAUCUUGAAAAAAUCCAAAGAACUCGAGCAGUUGAAUUCGGAAUUGAAAUUAAAAUUUUCUGAGGCAAGCGAAACUAUUAAAAAUUAUGUGGAAAUCGUUGAAUCUUUGAAAGUGCAAACAAAUCUCGAAACAAAAUCUUUCGAGUCAAAAAUCAUUCAACUUGAGGCGAUAAAUGCCAAAUUUAAAACCCACACAGAAUCUAAUAAUCAUGAAAUGAAAUCUCUCGAAUCCAAAGUCAAAGAACUCGAAGAAGAAAAUGCCGAACUGAAAAUCCAUUUGGAAUCGAAUAAUCCCAAAGAAAUUGAAACGAGUUUCUGCGCAAUUGAUACACGACUGGAGGAAAAAGAUGCCGAAAUCUCCCAAUUAACUCUACGUAUAAAAGAACUUGGUGACGAGAAUUUUGAGUUUAAAUCACGAAUAGAUGACGUCGAGGAGAAAUUGAAAAAUUAUCAAAUCUCUAUAAAUUCACUAAACACCGAUAACGAAUCUCUAGCCACAAAAUUACAAGAAAAAGAAAUGGAUCUUUCACAUUUGAAAAUUCGAUACAAAGAAUUGGAGAAUGCGAACAAUAGUUUAGCGAAAUCCCAACAACAAUCAAUGAACAACACCAACGACGAAACGUACACCGAGGCUGGUGAGGAAUUAGUCAAAAGUUGUUUGGCGGCAAAUGACGCAUUUAAAAAACGUCUCGAGGAUUUCGAAAAAAAUGUCUCGAUAUUCCGCGACAACGUCGACGAGCAAAAAACAUUUGUCGAGGGCAUUGAAAAAAGCAAUUUAGAACAAAACACAAAUUUACACAUCACAAAUACAAUGUCAUCAACACCAACGAAAAUUGAUAAAUCAAUUAUUUGUGAGACGCCGAAAAGUGAAAAUGAUUUUACUAGUAUAUUCACAAACGUGAGUUACUUCGAGAAAAUGGAAGUCGAUGAUUCUGUGAACGAGACACAAGUAAGUGAAUUUCACGAAAAUUCCUGUCAACCGGAAAAUGAGACGCAAGAUAUCACCGUGCCAACAAUUAUGAUCAAUAUUCUAAAAUCGAAUGAUGUGCAGACUCUUAAGCAACGCAUCAAAGACUUGGAAUUACAAAAUGAGCACCUAGAUGUUCUUUAUAAAGAUUUAAUGAAGCAAAUUAAUGAGAAAGAAGGUCAAGAAUUAUGGGACAAGAUCGAACAGUUCAAAAAUGUGAAAAUUUCCCUCGAAAUCGAGAACGCAAGACUUCGCGAUGAUAUUCAAUUGAAAAUUCAUGAAACCGAGGAAAUCAAGAACGGAAUUCAAGGAUUGAAAAUGGAUGUCGAAAAACUUCAGCAAACCAUUUAUUUGCUCAAUACGGAAAAUUUAGAACUCACCUUCAAACUCAAUGCCGAGAAAGAGAAAAAUCAAUCAGAAUUGAUUAAUUGCGAGAAGAUGGAAAUUUUGCAACAGGAAAAUAAUAAAUUAACUCAAGAAUUGACGAGCAAGGUGAAAGAAUUAAAUUCAAUAAAGGAAUGCAAAGCACUUGAGUACGAACAUCAAUGUGUUUACAAAGACAAGAACAAACUUCUCCAAGAGGAGAAUAAUUCCCUUCAAAAUGAAAUUACCGAUUUGUCAGAUGAUCUCAUGAAACAUAUUGACGAAUCCGAGACGAUUAAACAACAACUUGAGGUAGCUUUGAAAAAAGUGGAAGUAUACCAAAAAACACCUUCAGACUCGCCGAAAAAUAUGGAAGAUAUUCUUGAGGAUAAAAAACAUCUACAGGCGGAAGUAAUCGAAUUAAAAUCCCAAGUGACAAAACUCUCCAAUGAAAAUGCACAAGUGACCUCUGAUCAACUCGAAAAAAGUUUCGAGACUCAGAAAACUCUGAAAUCACAAAAUCGUCAUCGUAUCAGUAACAGCUGUAAAAUUGAUGAAAAUGUUGAAAAUUUAAAUGACAAAAUCAAACAACAAGAGGAACAAAUCGAGCAUUUGACAAUAAUGAACGAGAAAUUGAGCGAUUUGAAAUUGAGCGCUUGCACACAAUGCUCACAUCUUAAGGAAUUAAAUGAGAACAAAAGAGCCCUGAAACUUGAAGUCAAAUGUUUGACUAAUAAACUCGAGGAUAUACAAUUGCGUUUUCAGGAAAAAUGUCUCAACGCAGAGCCAUUGCGAUUAAAAGCCAACGAGGAAUUAAAUAUGAGUUUCACUCUAAAUGGAAGUGUCACAGAGACGAUGAGCGUCACUCUUAUGGAGGAGAAUAUUCGUCAUCUCAGCAAUGAAAAAGAAACACUCAAAGAGGAAUACGAGAAACUUACGAUUCUUUAUCAAGACAAGUGUUCUGAUCUCGUGACACUUCAAGAGCAUCAAAUCAUUACAAAUUCCCCAUCAACAAGCCCAUCAGGUGGAAAAAUGCAAAGACUCUCAAAAGUUGAGUCAUCUAUUAAGGCAAUUGGCGAUGAUCUUCAACAGCAAAAGGAAAAAUUGGCGACGCUCAAUAGCGAAUUACAAAAGUACAAAGAACUCGAGGAUAAAUUGAAGAAUUCGCAAGAAAUUUUAGCUUCCACUCAAGAAACAUUGACAAUUACCCAAGAUAAUCUAGCGACUGUCAAGGAAACGUCAAACAUCGCCGAGGAGAAGAUAAAACUUCUAGAGAAUGACAUUGCAAUUUUAUACGAAAACAUUAAGGAGCACAAGGAAACGGCCAAGGAUCUUCAAUCCCAAAAAUUAAACCUAGAGGUUGAAUUGCAAAUCUCCCGAGGCGAAAUUGUGACUCAAAAAGGCAUGAACGAAGAAAAGAAUUGUCUAAUUUCACAACUUCAGUUAGAAAGAGAACAGCUGCUCACUCGGCAAAAGGACGAAGAUACAAAUCGCGAAUUACUGGAAUCGACUAUCAAGGAAACUCGCCAACAGCUUGAAAUAGCCAAGCAAAGAAUUAAAGAAAUCGACGCCAAUCUCGCUCAGGCUCUUAAAGAGAAUCAAGAUUUCAAGAACGAAAUCACAAGACUACAGAAUGAAUGCGUUUUCAUUAAGAAUAAUGAAACCAAAGAAACCAAAAUUGAAAGAGAAUUAGAAUCCGCAAGAAAGUUAAUUAUCAAAGAGACAAUGUCCCUCACGUCGAAAAUCGACGACGAUCCAUCAAAAUCAGUUAGCGAUAUUUUCAAAAAUUUCGUAAAAACAAUCCUCUCCAAGGAGCACGAGGUAAUACAAGCCGUAAAGGAAAAUUUCGAUCAAGAAAAAGGAAAGCUUAUUGAGGAAAAACAACAGAGUGAUGAUGCGAAAAAACGCGCCAACACCUGGGCAAAGUCACUGGAAACCGAUAUCGAGAAAAUCCAUCGCGAUUUAUCGGAUCUUGAAUCCAAAAAUCAUCAACUAGAAAAACAAAUCGAUCGUCUUGAAAAUAGUCUCAAAGAUACCGAACACGAGAAUCAAAAUCUACGCGAAAAAUUCCAAACUCUCCAGAUUGAUCACAAUCAACUGCAAACCGACUUUGAAAAAAUUGAUCUCCAUUAUCAGGAAAUUGAAAAUCAGGACAAACUUGAAGCAUCAAUAAAGCACCACGAACUCGAAUUCCAAACGCGAAUGAAGCAACAAAAGGAGGAAUAUAAUCAAAAACUGGAAGAAUUGGAACAAACUGUGAAAAAUCUCCAAACUGUGAAUAUGGAUCUCAAGAAUAAUGUCGAAGGCCUCGAGAUUAAUGAAAAACAGCUCAAGAACAUCAUUGACAUUAAAACAAAUGACCUGUCAAAGAAUAAUCAACUUCUGAAAGAAUUACACUCAGAGGUAAAUAAAAUCACCCAAAGUAAUGAUCAACUAAUUUUCGAGAAUCAGGAAAAAAGAGACCGAAUAGAAGAGAUUACUUCACUAUUAAAAGAUAAAUGCGACAGUCUCUCUGAAUAUAAAACAAAACUCGAGACACUAAUGCCGGAAUAUAAUAACUUUAAAUACCAAAUAGAGGAGCGAAAGCAGAUUAUUCAAAAAUGUCGUCAAGAAAUAGAAACAAUGAAAAUUGAACACACACAAGAGAUAAAUACUCUAAAUGACAAGAUUCAAGAAGAGGAGAUCAAUUCCCAGGGAUUAAUGAAACAGCUCAAGAAGGUGAAUACCAGGAAUGCGGAAAUUUUCCAAGAAUUAGAAACAGUAAAAAACAAACUUCAAGAAAUGGAAGCAGAUUAUGAUAAACUCAUGCGAAAGGUGCGAAAUUCUACAAGCAAACAUCGCGCCGAACAGGAAAUUGAGGACGUCAUGGACAAGAAUCGUACACUCGAGAAGAAUCUCGAAGGUGCAUCGAAUCGUAUCACCGAACUUAUGGAAGCAAAAGCAAAAGUGAUUAAGGAUCUCGUUGAUGUGCAAUGUCAAUUGAAAAUGAUAAAACGCGAGAACGAUGAAUUACAGUCUUUGAAAUCGCGUCAAAAUUCUUUAAUCGAAUUACGCGGCAAAUACGAGGAACUUCUUCAAGAGAAAAAUACCAUCAAACUCGAACUUGAGGAGAAAAAAUUGUCCCUCGCUCAGAAGGAGAAAUACAUCCAAGAAAUUGAGCAACAAUUAAAUGUGUUACGGGAAAAUAAUGAAGAGCUCGAUAAAGAGGCAGACGAGUUAGCCAAGAAAAUCGAAGAGAACGAAUGCGAUAUAGGAAAAUUGGAAGAUGAAAAUUAUUUUCUUAAGGAGACUAGCAAAAAGGAAAUCGAUGAAUUAAAAAGCAAAUUGAAAACAUCAUUGCAAACCAACACUGACUUAAGGGCGGAAAUUAAUUUACAACGCGACAAUAUUCAACGGGAAAAUGAAGAAAUGAGAUGUAAAAUUACUGAAUUGGAAAAUAAACUUGAAUCGAUGAGCGCCGCAAGUUCGAGAUGUACAAGUCCGUCACUUGAAUUUGACAAUCAAAGAAGAAGGAGAAGAAGUGAACUUUACAAUAAGCAUAGAAAUCUCGAGGAAUUCAGUGACUCGGGUGUGAGUUCGAAUUGUCAAUGUUCUGAAUUGAGAAAAAGUAUCUCCGAAAUGGGUAGAGAGAUCGCGAUGAAAAAUGGAGUGAUUGCCACACUCAAUAUUCAAAUUCAAAGUGAAAAUUUCCCAUAUGAAAAGAAGUGCAAAGAUUUACAGGAUGAAUUGGAUCUUGUGAAAAAUAAGUGUCGUAAGUUGCAACAGGAUGUUAUUAACCACAAGAAGACAAUUGCUGACAAGAGUUUUAAAGAGUGUGAAGUUUGUAAGAAUUGGCGUCUAAAUCAAAGACAUCAAGGGGUCCAGUGUGAAAUAAAAGAGAAAAUAUAUCUCAGUGGUAGGAGCAGUGGAUUCGUGGAAGAAUAUCAAAAGCAAGAGAGACUAGAGAUGGAGAAUAAAUCAUUGGGAGAAAAAAUAAAGAAAAUUGAGAAAGAAAAGGAUAUGAUGAAAAAAUUGUGUCGUAGUCGUCACGCUCAAAUAAAAGAACUUCAAGCAUUACUAGAAAACCGUAAAACGACUACGUAGGAUCUGAUAUGUAAAUACUUGUUUUUUGUCUUUGCACAUUUUUUAAAAUACUUACUUCUGAAACUUUUUUUUACGUAUUCGUUCAUUUUUCAUUGUUCAGUUAUGUGCAAGUUAAAUUUACAAUUUCUUAAUUUAUUGAUAUAAUUAAAGUUAAAAAGCACAUUUUGUAUAUAUACAUAUAAUAUUAUAAUUGUGGAAAAAAAAUUUUAAAAAACAUCGUAAAACGAUGUUUAAUAAAGAUAUUUUCAUAAUUUUUCAAAUUA